GUUUUAGGUAACGUCUUGCAGGUAACGACAACAUGUCCACACAUUUCUCACGCGAAUAUUCACGUCUAGGAAAAACACGCGUUCGGCGCGUCUGUUUGAGUGAAUAGGACGUAAUGGAUCAAUUGCUGACAAAAGUAACAUCAAGUGCUGCUACGUAUGCUACAGCUUUUGCUAUAAGAAGUGGGAUCCAGUGGGCCGGCAGUCUUGCCGCGAGACGCCUGUCAAAAUACAUUCACAAAACGACAUCGGAACGAUCGCAAUAUUCCUUAGAACUGGUGAAAUCGCGACUAGAACAGAAAAUCAGGGCAAUAACUCCGGCCAUUGACUUAAUUGAGUUGAUUGCUGCUCGGGGCAACUCUAGUCUUCAAAACCUAGUUCCAUUGAUCAUUAGACUUCGUGGUAAUAUCGAUAAUUUCAAUGACACUCUUGCUGAGUACACCAACAUGUCCCCACCGUCCAGCGAGCAAGCUGCUUCUGCUCGCUGCGACGAGGUGCAGAAAAGCUGUGAGCAAUUACUUUCCAGCAUUGAGCAGGCUAUUCCCCUUAUCAAUUUGGCACUGACAACAUCGGGCGUAAGCCUGUCAAGCACGGUCACCGAUACCAUUUCCCCUUCUCGAUUGUUACAGGCGGCUUCAUUUCUUGAAUUGGCAGACGAAAAGUUCAAAAGCAAAAGUUCCGCCAAUAUACGAGUCGGUCCACCUUUUGACAUGAUUCUAUACACAAUUUUCAGCGGUCAUUCUCGGGGUGCUACUGCAAACGAUGAUGCCAUCGUUUCAUGGAAAGAAACAUACGCGAAAGCAAAAAUUACUGUCGAACGGAAACGUCAUGCGAAUUCAAAGCACGCCUAUUGUAUAACGCUUAAUGAGGACCUAAACGAUGGUCGAUAUCACGAUGAAAUAGCGGGUAUGCCCUCUCCAACGAAAGGUGCCUUCCUUCAAGGUCGAAAACGAACUAUCCCCGUCAGCCAGGUGCGUAAAAUUUCGUAUUCACUUUCCGGUCAGCUUCUAGACUUGGAGCAAGCCCGCACUCCAGUCCUGGCUAUACAACUUUCCAAACCUUCCUCUCCCAAAGCUCCAUCAUCCAAGAGAAAGUCCAUCCUAAAAUCCAGCCUCGAUGAUGAGGAAAACCCAUUCAUUGAACCAUUAAAGGGAACCCUCAACGAUCCCCCGAAACCAACGCCAGACUUUGAGUGGAUUGCUCUGGAGAAAUGGACAUUUGAUGAAGCAUCUUCGGACGAAGAGGAUGACGGCUUUUAUGAUGAAAGCGAUGCUUCCGAUGCUUCCGAUGCUUCUACGUCCAGUUCACCAUUUCACAUCCCUUCCAAAAAAGCGCAGGCCAUUGACACUAUGUUACCAACUGCAGAGGAUGAAAUUACGAGGGCUCUUGCUGCUCUUAACAUAGAAACCAGCAACAGUCUCUACAUCACCAAUCCGAACAGUCUUUCGCUAUUAGAGUACAUACUACGACUGUGCGUUUUGCAAGAGCUGCACCAAAAACCAUUCCUCGAGAUGUCUGAUGACGAAAUUACACCAAUCCUGUCUAAUGACUGGGAUUCUUCCUUUCUCUAAACAUUAAUCCUAUCUCCGACUAGAACUAACACAAAUUUUCUCCUCAUAAUUAAUACGGUUUUGAACUUAUAUACGUUGUCGAAGAAUAACGCUCAUUUAUUACAAUUAAAAGUCCUCACACACCUGGUUGAUGCCCAUUAACGAGAAACACAACCAUGGACCCUGCAUACUGUAGAUUAAGAUUUCAUAAUUAUUCGAUCUAUAUACAAAAAAAGUUAUCAUGUGCUCGUUUAAUUAGCGGUAGCAG